AUGAUCAGCCUUUCGCGUAGGCGACACGGGCUGUUCAUCGGCGUCGCAUUGAUAGUCACUCUCUAUCUGCUCUUCAUCUGGAACGGCGGCGACGCAUCCUCCACGUACCAUGGAUGGCAGUUACGCGAGGACUACUUCUGGAAGACGGUGACCGUGCACUACCCACCAGCCUCGAUACGCCCUCUGCCCACGGAGCGCCCUGUGAGCUUUCCCAGGGUCCAGGCCACCAAAUUUCCCCAGGCGACCACUCAGCAGCGGCAGGAACACCGCCAGGCAGUGAAGGACGUGUUUUCGAAAUGCUGGGCGUCGUACAGGACGAAGGCAUGGCUGGCGGAUGAGCUCACGCCGGUGUCGGGGUCCAGCCGUAACCCCUUUGGCGCAUGGGGCGCGACGCUGGUGGACAGCCUGGACACAUUGUGGAUCAUGGGAAUGAAGGACGAGUUCAGCGAAGCGGUGGCGGCGGCCAUGUCUAUCGACUUCACCGUCAGCAAGCUCGACCAGAUCAACACGUUCGAGACGACCAUCCGGUACCUUGGCGGGUUCCUAGCGGCGUAUGACCUGUCUGGGGACGUACGGCUGCUGCGCAAGGCCGUCGAGGUGGGCGAGAUGCUGUACAAGGCCUUCGACACGCCCAACCGCAUGCCCAUCACGAGGUGGUACGUGAACCGGGCGGCGCAGGGCGAGCGCCAGGUGGCGGACGAGCAGGUGCUGAUUGCGGAGAUUGGGAGCCUGACCAUGGAGUUCACGCGGCUGUCGCUGCUCACAGGCGAUGCAAAAUGGUUCGACGCUGUGCAGCGCAUCGCCGACCUCAUGGCCGCGCAGCAGGACAAGACGGAGCUGGCGGGCCUGUGGCCCCUCGUUGCCAACGCCAAAGAGAAGAAAUUCGCCGAGGGCUCGCACUUUACUCUGGCUGCCAUGGCCGACUCCACCUUUGAGUACCUCCCCAAGAUGGCGGCACUCCUGGGCGGGACCCUGCCUGCGUAUCAGAACAUGUACGAGAAGGCCAUGGACACAGCGACGCAGUACCUUCUGUUUCGGCCCAUCACGCCCACAUCUGCCGAUAUUCUCAUGGCAGGCACGGCGCACACCGAGACGCAGAACCGCAAGACGGCAGUCACGGUGGAGUACGAGGGCCAGCACCUGACGUGCUACGUGGGUGGCAUGUACGCGCUAGGCGGGCGGCUGUUUGGGCGGGAGGCCGACGUGGACGUGGCGGCCAAAUUGACAGAGGGCUGCGUGUGGGCGUACGGCAACACCAGGCACGGCGUGAUGCCCGAGAAGUUCCGCAUGGCGGCGUGCGCGAACAAGGAUGAGUGUCCAUGGGACGACCUGACGUGGAAGAAGCAGGUGGUAAUCGACGCGGGCGAGACCAUCACGCGCGAGUUUGACAAGGACAUCAACAAGGCCGACAGCAUCAUCGCCGAAAAGAGGCUGUCCAGAGGGUUUACCGCAGUCACUGACGCCCGCUACCUCCUACGACCUGAGGCUAUCGAGAGCGUCUUUGUGCUGUAUCGCGUGACGGGCCGUGAGGACCUGCUCGGUGCCGCGUGGGCUAUGUUUACCGCCAUCGACAGGUUGACGUCAACCGAACUGGCUAAUUCAGCCGUCAAUGAUGUGACCGCUCCCGGGAAACCUAUAGCGAGCGACUCGAUGGAGAGCUUUUGGAUGGGGGAGACACUCAAGUAUUUCUAUCUGAUCUUUAGCGAGGAGAGUAUGCUUAGUUUGGACGACUGGGUGUUCAACACUGAGGCUCACCCCUUCAGACGGUUGAAGACGUAGAGGAAGGGAAAGGGACAGAGACAAAGAGAGCGAGAAGUGAGAGCGAGAAAAACACAAAGAGGAGUUACUUGGUUUUACUUUUCAAUUUUGUGCGACAAUCUUUGUACAUACAUACAUUUCGACAAUACCCAGAAGCGUUUUAUGAG